UGUUAGAAGAAAAAAUUCUAAUUGAAAAAUAUUGUAAUGUUUGUGUGCGAUGGUCGUUAACGUAGUUAGAAAGAAUUCAUUUCUUUUAAAAGUUAGCUAAGAAGAUGUAAAUGUAAGAAAGUGGUAUUGAAAUAUUGUUUUAGUGUAGUGUUUGUGUUCAAAAUGAAAGUAGUUGAGGCAAAAAUUGUUGUAUUGGGAUCGCAAGGUGUUGGGAAAACAAGUCUAGUGGUGCGAUACAUUGGAAAAAUGUUCUCAAAACAUAUAUCGCCAACUAUAGGCGCCUCGUUCUUCACGUGCAAUAUUAAUGUUGAUGAUUCAAGGGUAAAAUUACAGGUUUGGGAUACAGCCGGUCAAGAAAGAUUCCGGUCAAUGGCCCCGAUGUACUAUAGGAAUGCUAAUGCGGCAUUGCUCGUCUAUGACAUAACGAGUACCAGUAGUUUUGCAGCCAUCAAAGGUUGGGUGAAGGAGUUGAAAAGUAAUGUACCUGAACCAAUGGUGCUGGCGUUAGUGGGGAAUAAAUGUGAUUUGGAGUCUUGCAGAGCAGUUUCACACAAUGAGGCGACGCAGUAUGCUACGUCCAUAGGAGCGGCUUAUUGUGAAACGAGCGCGUUGCACGAUCAGGGUAUAGACCAAGUAUUCCUCAGUACAGCGACAUCUCUUCUGAAGCUGUCGAGCACUAACCUUGUCUCUUCCAUGCGCUCAUAUGACUCUGUGGAUGGUGACGAGCGACUACCUAUUGGUACGCCAACAGAAGAAACAGCAACUCAUACAGGCAAAGUUGAAUUGCCAGCGUGGCAGGACAAUCGCGUCGCUCAUGGGGAGACGCAAAGAAAUAUGUGUUGCUAGCAUUGAAAUUAUCAAUUUAAGCGUGCACUUUUUAUUAUGGUGAUUAGUUUAAUAAAGAAAAUCUAUUUAAUAAAAUUAAAACGUGUUAUGGCAAAACAUUAAUAGGUACAGAUACCGGCAAACUUUUCGAGCAUUAAACAAGUGAGUGGGGGAAAGUUUACACAUCGUACACAUGCGAGCACAACUAAUUUACGAAUCACGCGAUCGACACAUCACUCCUGCGCAGGUAAAGACAUUGGUUCAAGAUGUUUGCCGGUAUCUGUAUGUGACGUUGAAGGUCAACGGUGUUUACGUAAAAUAUUUAUAGAAAUUAUUGUAUUGGUUAAUCAAUGUAUAGUUUAAAGGGUUUAAUAUUGUAUAAAGGAAUUCUGUCAGGAUUAUGUAUCUAUAAAUAUAGUUAUUUUUCAAACCGAAGGUAAAUGGAUAUUGUUUAUCUCUUGUUUAGAUUUAGAAUAUGGUGUGUCUAAUUUUACAGUAAAAGUACGCGCUUGAAUUGAUCGAAUUAUUUGUUUUUAAGACUACAUUCCAUGUAUUAUGUACUUUUUAAUGAAAUUAAAAUCAUUGUAACUGGUUUAUUAGUUAUCAAUAACGAUCCCGAUUUACAUUGGUGUAUCCAAUUUUGAUUUAGUAAACUUGGGAUCGCGCGGUACAAAAAUUAUUAUUAGAAUUGUUUUGAUUUCGGAACGGAGAUUUUGCAAGUUAUGAUGAUACAGUACCCGGCUAAUAUUGCAUAUGCGCAGUCCAAAUAAACGAAUGUCAAAUAUCCAUGUAAUACAACUUUAUUGUUGAUUCACGCGUAAACCUAUUCCGAAACGAAAUACUAAUGUCACGGUGUGCGACAGAGAAAACGCUAUACAAUUCCGAAACUAGCCGAUUGUCUCUCUCCAAUGGUCGAUGUGCAAUAUCGCCGGGUACUAGUGUUUAUUUGUACACUGCCAGGGCAGUUUUUAUCCAGGGUGGGCUAUUAAAAAAGUAUUACACGGUUUUACUUUUGGACGGAUAGAAUCGAUACUUAAAGUAUUUUUAUGGAUCUAUACAAUUUUUGAAGACUUUUCAAACUCCACAAUUAUUUUGUUUAUAUUUUUAUAUUGU